AUGGUGUCGUGGAGCGACGAGACCAGUGAGGAUUCAGUCCUGAACAUCUCCUCCUCCUGCGAUGGCAUCAUCAAGCUUCCAGCUACGAUGCACGAUCCGAAUAUCAAUGGCACUGACACAGAUGUGAAUGUUUUGUGUGAACACGGUGAGCCGGCCGAGCGCUUUGUUGCAUUUGAAGGGAUGCACACGGGCAGGAGGUUUCUUGGAUGUGCUAAGAAGGAAGGCCUAAACUGUGGAGUAGUUCAAUGGAUUGAUUUUGAAUGGCCAGACUCAAUGGAGAAGGCAUUGGCCAAGCUAUGGGAUAAGUAUGAGGAGAUUAAGUCAGCUAGGACCAAUGACAAUCUAGAGAGUUCAUUUGCAAUCCACAACCUGACAGAAGAGAAGAAGAAACUACAGGAGAAUUAUGACAAUUUGUAUGCUGAUGUGAAUGCUCUUUUGGAUGCCCAGCAGCAGAGGGUUGGCAACUUGAAGGCAGAGCUGUCAAAGAAAGAGGAGGAGAAGAAGAAACUACAGGAGAACUAUGACAGUUUGUAUGCUGAUGUGAAUUCUCUCUUGGAUGCCCAGCAGCAGAGGGGUGUGGAGUUAAAGAAUCAGAAGGAGCAGAAGGAAUAUGUUGAUGUGAAGAUUGUUGAGCUUGAGACUGUAGUGGGGAACUUGAAGGCAGAGCUGUCAAAGAUAGAGGAGGAGAAGAAGAAGAUGCUGCAAAACUAUGAAACUCUGAAGAACCUGGCAGGUGCUCAAGCCAAUGUGAUUAGGAACUUGAAGUUCAAUCAUUUGAAGGAGAAGGAGAGGCUGACAGAAGAGAGGCUUAAACUGUAG